CGAUCUGAAGCCAGGCGACGUCAUGGAUCCCCAGGGGACGCUAAGUUUGGAGAAACAGGGACCCGCGCUCUUGGCAGAGCCCCCGCCGGCCGAGGGGCUGCCCGCCCCGGCGGUCCUCUGUGCGGGGAGUGGCGGGGACGGUGGCGGCGGCGGCUCCUCGGAGGCCCCGAGCCUGGACGCUGAGCCCUUGUCCGCGGAGGAAGAGGCUGCCCCCCGGGAGCAGGAGGAGCCGUGGGAGUGCCGCCGCCGCCUCCCGCGUUCCUUCUCGCUGCCCGCGGACCCGAUCUUGGAGGCAGCCAAGUUGCUGCAGCAGCGACAGCAGCUUGGCCUGGCGCUGGACCCGCAGGGCGGUGAGGGGGCCGAGGGCGCGCCGCACAGCCCCGGCGGCUGCUGCGCCAAGUGCAAGAAGCGGGUGCAGUUCGCCGACGCGCUGGGGCUGAGCCUGGCCAGCGUGAAGCACUUCAACGAGGCGGAGGAGCCGCAGGUGCCUCCCGCCGUGCUCUCCCGCCUCCGCAGCUUCCCCAUGCGCGCCCAAGACCUAGAGCAGCUCCCGGGCCUCCUGGCCGCGGCGGCAGCGGCCGCGCCCCUCUCCGCGCCACCUCCCCGGCUUCGGCCUCUUUUCGAGCUUCCCGGGCCGGGCGCAGCCGCCGAGCGUCUGCGGCGGCAGCGUGUGUGCCUGGAGCGCGUGCAGUGCUCGGCGCCCUCAGGCGCAGAGGUGACGGGCUCUGGCCGGGUGCUCGGCUGCCCCGGGCCGAGAACCGUGGCGGUGCGCUACACCUUCACCGAGUGGCGCUCCUUUCUGGACGUGCCCGCCGAGCUACGGCCCGAGCCGGUGGAGCCACAGCCGGCAGAAGCGUCGUCGGGGGAGCCCGCGGACGCCGGGGAGGAGCCGGGAGCCGAGCGCUUCCACUUCUCGCUUUUCCUGCCCCCGGGUCUACAGCCCCAGGAGGGGGAAGACGCGCCGGGGGCCGCGGUCCACUUCGCCGUCUGCUACCGCUGCGCCCAGGGCGAGUUCUGGGACAACAACGCGGGGGCCAACUACACGCUGCGCUAUGUGCGCCCUUCCGACGCGCUCUGAGCCCAAGGCUGGGGCCCAGGCAGCGAGGUGACCUGCCGGGACGUCUUUCUGAGCACCGUCCACCGGGGAAGGAGAGGAGGGAGCCGCUCAGCUGUAAACUCGCACCAGGACAGAUCCUUCGAGCAAGCAUCGUGAGCCCGGGCAACGCACCCAACCUCCCUGGCCCGUUUUCUCCUAGCUUAGGCCUCCCUAGGCUGCUUCUAGAAUUCUCGCCCUGCGCCAGAACGCGAAGAAAUUCUUGACCGAGCCGUAGCUUCCUUCAAGAAAAAGGUCCUGACCCCUGUGCACAGCUGUAAGACCUUGGCUUGGGAUUUGUUCUCAACUGUAGACCUCGUGUUUUAGCCUUUGCAGCUUGCUGGAGACGCCUCGGGUCUCAGGGAACGGACAGCCGUCCUGCCUCGUCGUGCCUGCCGAGAGAAGGUGCAGGACCCGGGGCGGUCGCCGGAGCCUUCACCCAGGGUCCUGUUUCUCAGUGAAAACCGAGUGGGGCCUUGGCUGGGCUGUCCUUUUCUUUUAAUUGGGAUCUGGGGGAUGUUUGCACAGUCUGGACAUUGUUUACUGGGUCCCUGUGUACACAUGUCCUUUAAAAAAUAAAGGCCACUUGCACACC